GACAGUUGACAGUUUUUUGACAUUUAAGUUUGUUUCUCAAAAUAUUUAUGUUAAAAGAUGUUUGAAAAAUAAAUAUUAAUGGAAAUGUGGUUUGUGUGAAAGGAAUAUUUCUGAAUUUCAAAGAAAAGACGAUUUUUCAAUGAUGAUAAAGAGAGAUUGAGUGGUAAAAAACAAAGCAAGCUGGUUACUAUGGACGACAGAACCAAUAUUCUCAGGCAGAUGAAAAUUUGUCGUUUCUGUCUUUCUGAAGAUGCCGAGUUGUCCGGCAUUCACGAUAAAGUUACGUAUGAGCCAGAUAUAAAAUCUGUCCCGUUACCCCUUCAGAUUAUGGCAUGCAUUGCCAUUGAAGUAUUCAGAAAUGAUGGAAUGCCUCAGCUCAUUUGCAACACUUGUCGUAGCCUCACGAUUCAAGCUUAUAAUUUCAAAACGAAUUGCAAGAAAGCAGACGACGCAUUGAGACUUUUUCUUGCUACUGGGCAACUAUCAAAGCCUCACAUAGUUAAUAACCUGAAAGGAGUCUAUUUACCAAAGAAACCUUCUACCAAAUCGGGAUCUAAUGAACAGGACAAUCAAGUGGCUCAACAUUCGAUUAUGAACGAAGAUGAAAUCAGUGCUGAGGGUGGGACUGAACUAAAUGACGAGGAAGAAGGAUAUGAAGAAGGGGUGCGAACUUUGGAUAGCAAUGAUGAAGAGGAAGAGGAAGAGGACAACGAAAGUUAUGCCAACAGACUUGCUCGUGUUGAUCUGGUCAAAACUGAUUGUUUUCCCUGCCCUCACUGCGAAAGAUCUUUUCCUCUCAAGCAGCUUUUGGAUCUUCACGUUUCCAUACAUAAGAGGGAACGUUCUUUCACUUGUCCAGAGUGCAAGAAAAAAUUUUUCACGAAGCAUGAUCUCCAGAAGCAUUUCAAAACUCACAAUCCAUUGAACUUAUAUCCUUGCAGCGUGUGCAAGAAAUCAUUCUCAAAGCAGUCUCUAUUGAGUAGGCACGAGAUGAUACAUAACGAUGUUCCAAAAUAUAUUUGUACUCAAUGCGACAAAACAUUUUUGAAGAAAGAAUAUUUGGAUUUUCACAUGGAGAAGCACAACAAAAAGAAGCCGUUCAACUGUAACGUGUGCGACAAGAGCUUCGUUUUCAAGCAAGGUCUCGAACGUCACAUGGUAGUUCAUAGGGAAGACAGACCUCACAAGUGCAAUUACUGCGAGGCCAGCUUCACUUCGGCCAUCAAGCUGACCAGACAUAUAACUUCCCACGCCGGUUUACGGCCGUAUCCGUGCAAGCUGUGCCGCAGAACAUUCCUGUUGAGUCACCAUCUAACGAGGCAUAUGCGUAGUCACUACGUGGUGCAGUCUACAUCUCGGCAGUCCGGCAUAGGUCAGCAUAAGUGCGACAUUUGCAGCAUGGCGUUCAAGAAGAAGGAUUCCUUGAUAAACCACAGCGUUAUUCAUUCGAUGGUUAAUCUGAGAUGCGUCAUCUGCAAUACUGCGUUUGAGACAGCCGACUUGGUCAAAGACCACAUCACGACACAUUUAACACGUUUGCCAUUCCGCUGCGAAAAGUGCGGAUACAGCUUUGAAACUUCUGAGCAACUUGAAGAGCACGAGUUGAAACAUGCGGAAAUGGAGUAUGAAGAACAAAUUGAGAAGGAAGUGUUAUCCGAAGUCAGAGCUCAGGUGGAGGGCCCAGAGAAUGAUGACCAUGAGGUGCAGACGGAGGAGGAAGAGGAAGAAUGUGAAGACGGGGAAAUUACCGAAUAUACCAUACCUGACAUCAACAAUCCUGAGGUGGUCCCGGUUCAAGUUCGAUCAGUGGAGCAGAAUGAGGAAGCAGAAGACGAAGAACACUACUCUGGGUUCUUCAAAAGUGAAAUACCCUCUGAUGACGAGGAGCAACCCCAGCAACGUCAAUCCGAACCAGAGGAAGAACCUGUUCAAGAAGUAAUCAAACCAAUAAUACGUCAAGAGGGUACCAAAGUAUACCAGCGAAAACCGACAGAAAAAAAGGCACCAGCUCUGAAUGACAUCCGACUGAGCUCCCUCAAAGAAACGACUCAGGUCCCCCUACCAGAAGUCCGAAUCGAGACGACUUACGGGAACCUCUCGCCUCAGAUGAUAAGCAACUUGCAGAAUAAGAAAGUGUCCAACAUGAAAGUUGGCGAGAAGACUGUAAGAGUGCAGAAAUUCAUAGUGACGAAAGAGGAAAUGAAGGAAAUGGCAAAGCAGGGCAUUCUCGAAAUGAAAGGGGGACAAGUGGUUCUAAAGAACGCUGGUCAGCCCAUCAUAAAUGCUACGCUCAAACCGAUUCAAAAGACUGAUAUCGAGUCGCUGUUGGACAAAAAAUCUGAGGGAAAGUCGCCUGUGAAGAGGUAUCAGAAAAGGCCAUUGGAAAGUGAUAGAUUGGCUGAAAAUACUGCUGCGGAUCAGUAGAUUUGUUAGGGUACAGUUUUCAUUUUGGUAAUGAAUUAUAUCACCACCGUAAAUAAUGAUAAUGAUUGAUUUGGUUUCAUUUUUCCAUUGUAGAUUUCAAUAUGUGUUUUUAGAAUUAUUUGAAAUAUAUAGAAGAGGUAUA